CAACAAGAAACAUUCAACUACGACACAAAGUGGCCACUGGCCAUUUCCAGAAUGGAUACAUGAUACAUAAAGUCAGAUAAGAAAGAAAAGAAAAGAAAAGGCGAAGAGAAAAUGGCAGGACUCGAUCAUCCCCCGCACCUCACGCCGGUGGGCGAGAAACAGCUCCCCGCCAAAUGCAAGCCCGGCACGCUCUCGUACUGUCCGACGAUGGACCUGAUCGCGCUGGCAACGGAGAACGAGGAGCUGCAUGUCUUCCGGCUGAACGGGCAGCGCGUCCUGGGGGGUUCUUUUGAGGGGGAUCCGUACCUUGAUGAUCCUGCGGAGGGGGAGAUUCGAACUCUAGCAUGGAAGAAUAAUGGCCACUCGUUAGCUGUUGCUUGUGGUGAUGGAAGCAUCCGCAUCAUCAGCUCAUACAGCGGCAAGACGGUCCAUCAUUACUCUGCCCGAGUGUCGAGUGAACAGAGCUCCCAGCAGGUUACUUGUCUAGGGUGGGGUGUCAAUUGCACGGAUACGCGAUCCGCGCAGCGAGUGCUGCAAGAGGGGAAUGGGAAUUUUUCGAUCGAGGACCUGUUGUCGCCGGACACGCAGCCAGACAAGGCGGCCGCGCUCUUCAGGGCCGAUCUGCCUAGAGAACUUGCUCUACUAGACGUGGAGAGUUCGUUGCCGAAAUUGAGUACCCUGCCUGGAACGGGGGGGGAUGACGAUGUGUUUAGCUCGAGAGCAUCGCUGGAUGCGAUGUUCCAUGCGACGGCGAAAACCAGCGACUCGGUGGAUGUCCUCGUCGUGGGGUUUGACGACGGAACCCUUCAUCUCCGCAUCUUUGACUGUUUCGAGAUCGGGUCUCUGCAGAUCGGUGCCGCGUGCCGUAUCCUGCGGCAUGCGUCGCAUCCAUUCAGCUCGACGCAUGCGCUUGUGGCCUCGGUGCCUUCUGUGGUCGGCGCUGGCGGGAAUCCCAACCCCUCUCUUCGUCUGAUCACGCUGGAUCUACGCUUCAUCCCGAAAUCGGGUCGCUAUCUUUCAUUGCUGGCCUCCAAGACGACCCAAUUGCAGAACCUCCUCCGGUACAUCAACCAGGUUCAACGGCAGAUCGAGCUCGAAUGGAAGAAUGCCCAGGAGCUCCCGGUUCGGUACAUGCGUAGCGUAAAUGAAGACUUGCAGGAAAAGUGCCACUGUGACUUCAUUACCGCUGCCUAUCAUCUCGUGGUCACGGGGGAUUGCUUCGAGCCUCUGAAAGAGUUUCUUGUUGAUAUAGUGGGAGAAAGAGGCCACAAGCGAUGGGACAAGGCCGUGUCUAGCGGCUACGAAAACGUCCGCCGGUUGACGCAUGAAUGCUUACUUCCGGCUUUGGAAAGGUGCGAGGUGCUGCUCAGCCGGUUGAUCGGCUUGUCCAAGUUCCAUAAGCUCAGUGAUGUGCUAGGGCUGGACACCGCCAGCCUGAACUGCAUUAUCGAGACGCUGGACUGCCUUCACCUCCUGGCGCACCAGGUUCUCAUAUGCACCAACGACGAGCUGGCACAGUUCAGCGCCUUCUCGAGAUGGCUGCGACACGAGAUCGACGUACAAUCUGCAGAACCCAUGUCGCAGACGCUGGAGGAUUUGCUGGAGAAGACGGACACCAUUGAGCACCCACAGACACUCAAGUACAUCCGCGGGGCCCUGACAAACAGCGUGCUCCGCAAGUACAUCCAGCAGCUGCCGAUGAUGGGGGUCCCGAUGCGGCCGCCGACAGCACCCGGCUCGGCGGACAAGUGGUUGCCUACCGGCCAGGAUGGCUCGUUCUACGCGACGUUUAGGACGCUACUCGAACAGAGCCGAUCUCAAAAGGCGCAGGUUGAGUUACCGAAGCUGAACGAUCUCACAAAACGGCUCGGGAUCCAGUUCGACAAGGUCUUUGGCCGGAUCGCCUUGACACAGCGGCGAGGCAUUCUCCACAAGACGCUUCUGACGCUCCAUCCCGAUUGCGAUGUGAAUUCUGUGGAUAUGAUCAUGUGCUACGAGACCGUUGAAGGCGAACAAGUAUGUUCCACUUACGUCGUUGCCAGGUCUCUUGAAUCCAAGGAGCUAGUGUAUAUCUACCGAGUGACGCUUGACUCGGUCAACGGUAUCACGUCGACCAAGACGACGUCCGUGGCCGCCCUAACGCUCCCGCGGGGAGUUAUUCGCCAGGCACAGUUUGUUCAGGACGAGACUCUCAGUCUCCUCUGGGAAGAUGGUUCUUUGUACCUUCUUAACCUUGCGUUUCAACCCUCACCGACCUGUCCCAUCCAAUACAUGGACCACCAUGGAUCAUCCUUCACCACGGUCCCGCCGACCCCAACUACGCUAGACGUGGCAGAGCACCUGCAACACGCCUUUGCGCCGUCAGGGCCCAAGGCGAGACCGGUGCGCGUGGAUAUCAACGGGCGGAAGGGUCGGCGGGCAGCCUGUGUGCUCUACGAGAUGAGGUAUGAAGUGUUGGACAUUGAUGCAGAGAUGGACGAUGAAGACGAUGAAGAUGAAGAGUAAUAUUCGUAAUGAAUCAUGAUUAUUAUAGACGGUUGGUUCCUAUAUAAAUCAGUCCAGUAGUCCAGUAGUCAGUGUAUGCGAAUCAUCGACAAU